AUGGAAGAUAUUCACAAAACCUUGAAGCAUAGUCUUGAGUCUUUAGGACAAAAGCACACCCACCUCAUGGCUGCCUUCUGCCUCUAUGGUGCAUACACGGUGGGAUCCACUGCCCUCAGCUGGUCUUGGAGGUUGUUCAAGACUUUCCUGAGACCUGGCAGAAACUUGUUCAAGAGGUAUCAAGGAGGAUAUGUGUUAGUCACCGGAGCCACAUUCGGCCUUGGCCUCGAAUAUGCCAGACAGUUUGCAGACAAGGGCUUCAACUUAGUCUUGGUCGCCAGAAAUCAAGAGAAGUUGGAUGGUGUAAAGAGAAAAUUCAAAGAAGAGUUUGGAGACAUCGACAUUAAGUUAAUUGUGUUUAACUUUGACAAACCUUACACUGCUGAGGGCUACCAACCUCUCAAGGAUGCACUUGAUCAAAUUGAAGAUAUAUCUGUCCUACUUAACAACGUGGGUGUUUUUAAAGCAGAUUACUUUAAGGAGCUUGAUUUCGGAAUGAUCAAAACAAUACUCCAAGUCAACCUUGUGCCUCAGACGAUUAUGCCAAAGUUUUUGCUUCCUAAACUUCUUGAAAGAUCAAAGGAACAGGGUAAAAGGACUGUUAUUAUUAAUAUCAGCUCGGUCAUUCAUUACGCUCGUCGGAAAUGAUCAUCUGUUUGAUCAGCUACAAAGUGUUUAGUAAGACUCUUUCAGAUGUGCUAAGAAAAGAGUAUGAGAAGUACAUUGACAUCAUGGCUGUGCUCCCAGGAAUCACUAAUACUCAUAUGGUUAACAUAAAUGCUCCUUUCUUCCUUCAGUCAGAACAACAUGUAAGAUGGACCCUUAGCGAUCUUGGAUACAACAGCCAGACCUUUGGCCACUAUAAGCAUUGGAUUUAUUGAAACGCCUACAGACUCCCUGGCUUUGAUACAUUUUAUACAAGAUUAAGACUGAGAUUACUUGCUCAACAGAAGAAAGAGCAG